AUGGCGCGCGGACCCAAGAAGCACCUGAAGCGCAUGUUCGCGCCGUCGCACUGGAUGCUGGACAAGCUGAGGGGCCGCUGGGCGCCCAAGCCGUCCGCCGGCCCGCACAAGCAGCGCGAGUGCCUGCCGCUCAUCGUGCUGCUGCGCGAGCGCCUCAAGUACGCGCUGACGUACCGCGAGUGCAAGAUGAUCACCAUGCAGCGCCUGAUCAAGGUGGACGGAAAGACCCGCACGGACAUGUUCUAUCCGGCCGGCUUCAUGGACGUGGUGCAGAUCGACAAGACCAAGGAGAAUUUCCGCCUGCUGUACAACACGAAGAGCAAGUUCUGCCUGCACAAGAUCUCCAAGGAGGAGGCGUCCUACAAGCUCGCGCGUGUCAGGAAGGUGGAGCGUGGACCGAAGGGCAUCCCCUACGCCAUCACCCACGACGGGCGUACGAUUCGCUACCCCGACCCAGACAUCAAGGCCCACGACACCGUGCGCAUUGACAUCGCCACGGGCAAGAUCAAGGACCACCUCAAGUUCGAGCCUGGCCAGAAGGUCAUGAUCAGCGGCGGGAACAACAUGGGCCGCGUCGGCGACAUCACCCACCGCGAGCGCCACCCGGGCUCCUUCGAGAUCGUGCACGUCAAGGACAGCAACGGGCACGCGUUCGCGACCCGCAUGCAGAACGUCUUCGUGAUCGGCACGGGCGGCAAGCCGUGGAUCUCUCUGCCGAAGGGCAACGGGGAGAAGCUGAGCAUCAUCGAGGACCGCGCCGCGCGGAUGGCCAAGUGA